AUGUCCCUGCAAGAGCUGCCUAUAGAAAUGGAAAUAGACGAGGAGGUGUCGGUAUACAAAGAUCGUUUAUUACAACAAACAGAUAGCGCCACGAACCAGUUUAUAAAUAGUACGGCAUUAGAUAUUGAUCUAAAUUUACUCGCAUCUAUAAUACGACAGGAUGCGUUGCCAUUAUUUAAGAUGCACUGCCAGGAAAUUCACCACUUUUGGUCCUGGUUAACAAGAAAGACUUUUAUACCUGGAAAUGUAGCUAUCGGCGAUUCAAUUAUCACCUCUGCUUUUGCAAUAGUCGAUAAUGCAAUUCUUCACAGUGGAGACUGCGUCUGGAGAUCAAGACUGGCAUAUGUUCAACUAACUCAAAUCUUGAUUUCACUUAAAUCAAUCAUCGCACGAAGGGGAAGGCUACGCAGAGGUGUCGGCCAAGGCAAUGCCAGUAUAUUAAUCGAUCUCUACGUUAAGGCUCAGACUGAACCUUUCUCGCCAAAAGCUUUGCGCCAGAAAGUGCAAAACCGUGUGAGAAUCGCUAAACGGUGGGCAGACCUCAUUAGCGGCUCCAUUUUUAUUGCAGCCGUAUAUAAUGACAAGGCAGAAAUGAUGAUGUGA